AUGUCGCCGAGCUCAGGGGCUCUCUGGAGACAAUUCUACCGGGCUAUGACAACCCGAACUCCCCGCAGCCCAGGAAGGAUCGGGCGGCAGGCGUUGGGGCUCUUGCGUGGCCUCCGGGCAUGGCUCCACGGCCGGCGUCUAGGCAGCUCGCUGGUGUUGAUGAUCCAGACGGAGAAGGGUAUGGCUGCGGAUCUCUCGGCAACAGCGUGGCUAGGCAGUGACGCAAACCAGCAGUGCCACGGCGGCAGUGGAGGCGGCGCAGGGAGUCCCGGAGCGCAGGGCGCCAAGUUCCCGGAACACAACCCCGCGAUCCUCCUCAUGGGCUCCGCUAACGGUGGGCCGGUGGUCAAGACAGACUCGCAGCAGCCUCUGGUUUGGCCCGCCUGGGUCUACUGCACACGCUACUCCGACCGUCCGUCCUCUGGUCCGCGCACUAGGAAGCUAAAGAAGAAAAAGAACGAGAAGGAAGACAAGCGGCCGCGGACGGCGUUCACGGCAGAGCAGCUGCAGAGACUCAAGGCGGAGUUCCAGGCAAACCGCUACAUCACGGAGCAGCGGAGACAGACCCUGGCCCAGGAGCUCAGCCUGAACGAGUCCCAGAUCAAGAUCUGGUUCCAAAACAAGCGUGCCAAGAUCAAGAAAGCCACGGGCAUCAAGAACGGCCUGGCGCUGCACCUCAUGGCCCAAGGAUUGUACAACCACUCUACCACCACGGUCCAGGACAAAGACGAAAGCGAGUAGCUGUGGCCAGCCCGGGCCCGCGGUCCAAGCGCCCCGGUGCCACCUCCUGGCUCCGCGGGGCUACCGCUUCACCGGCCCCAUGCCGCCAUGCAGAGACGAUCGCUAAGGAGGGAGGCAUCAACCGGGAAGACAGAGAAAGCAAGCGAGAGAAAGCAAUCCUCUGAGUGGACGUUCACAUUGGAAUGAAACGGUUUUUGAAACGGGAGAAAGACUCGGACAGGUGCUAUGGGGGAAAAAAAAAAGAUCUAUUCUCUAACUCACAGUAUCAGACGAAACUGCGAAUUCCUUAAAGCUCUAUCUAGCCAAACUGCUUACGACCGUGUAUAUAUUUAAUUUCAGGUAAGGAAAACAAAUAUGUGUAGCGAUCUCUAUUUGCUGGACAUUUUUAUUAAUCUCAUUUAUUAUUAUUGUUAUAAUUAUUAUAAUUAUUAUAAUUAUUUUAUCCCUUCUCCCCACCUUGCUGCCCCCCCCCCAGCCCGGUUUCGUUUUCGUUGCUUUUAUCUUUUGACUGUUUUUGCUUCUCUGGGUACCUCCCGCCCCCCAACGCCGGCCCUGGUUUCUCUGGGACUUUUCUUUGUGUGCGUGUGAGUGUGUUUCCUUGCGUGUCUGCCCUUCGACUCUCCUCUACCCUCCCAGGAUUCUUCCACCGGUCUUGUCUGUCCUCCCAAACCCUGUUCCUUUUCUGGUGACUCCUUGAGAAAUACAACCCCACAGACUGCGAGACUGAACCGCCGCUACAAGCCAAAGAUUUUAUUAUGUUCAGAAACCUGUAGUCUGAAAUAAAAUGUUCACUGUGUUCAUGA